AUGUCCACAGUUGUCAUUUCUGGUAUACCUAUCUCACUUUAUUGUUUUGUUCGAGAAAUGGGAAAACCUUUCAAAGUUAUUAUUGGAAGGAAUAAUAAUGUUUCCGAUCUCAAGGAGUUCAUCAAGAAUGCAAAUUCGAAUAACUUUGCAACAAUCGAUGCUUAUAAAAUCAACCUAUGGAAACUUAAAAACCCUAUACCUGGCGAAAACUUCGAGGAGCUACAAAAAAUUACGCUCGAAAAUAACGACAAUUUAACUUUAAUGGUUGAAACACAAAUAAUUGCAUACUACUAUAUCACACCGCAAGCAAAUCUAAUCCAUGUUAUUGUAGAAAUACCCGUUAAUACUGGUGAGUUAGUCAUAUUUAAUUUGAUCAACGCGCAAAUGACUUUACUUUUGAUAGCCAUAUUUUGUCUUGUUUCUUACUCUCGCAAUUCUAUUCCAGUAGAUUUAGGUCAAGCCGCCAAAAGACAAAUUUUAGGAAGAUUAGAUAUUAAAAAUAUAUUAGAUAUUGUCAUCGGAUACCGGAACCUUGGCAGACUUCCUGAAUUUUUACGAGAUAAUAUUGAGGAUCAAGAAAUGGAAUUAGAAGAACAGAAAGAACGAGAAAAAGUGCUUGAAGAAGAGUCUUCUAAUUUGAUCAUACACCCUGAAAAAAAACGGCUUGCGGUGAUCAAAGGACAUAAACUCUAUGCAAGGAAAGCUUACAAAGAUCUUUAUCACAUAGUUAACAGCGAGGAUUUUAUUUUUAAGCCAGAUGAAGUAGAUGAAGCGAGCAAUUUAUUAUACUGUUUUGAGGGUACCAAACUCCAUGUCGGAACAUUUAGAGACUUUUCGGAUCAACUAUAUAACAAUUCCAAAAUUUGGUACUUGGUGGAUAGCACACCUCCACUCGGCAUCCAAGCAAGAACGGUGGUUUCUGCAUCAGCAAGAAGUAUUAAAAGCAGAGAGUUUAAAAAUUUCAUCAAGGAUCUUGUUAACAUCUUUUGCAUGCCGCCAUGGUCAAUAGAAGAGUUGGAAAUUUGCCAAAAAGAAAUCUUCCCGAUGGUACCACCAGAUUUGAUGUACGACCUCAUUGAUGAAACGGGAGGUAUACCAAGAUACGUUCUUGCACUACCAGCAUCCAUUAUUCAAAAAUUGAAAAAAAGUGAGAAUUCACAGUCUCUUAAAAAUCGAGAUUAUAUUGAGAUUAAGAAAAUGUCUUUAAAACAUGUUGAAGACUCCCUCUCUGAAGUCAGCGAUAUCUCAAGGCUUGUUCAGUGCUUUUCUCAAAAUGCUCGAUAUGUUGAAUACAGCAGUCGGCUUAUUCAUCGGUGGCCUGACACUUUCUACAGAGAACAUCGUCUCUCAUGGGCUUCUAAUCGAAUUUUUGAUAGAAUCGUGGCAAAACUGGAAGAUGAAAGAUGGAAAAAUCUAUUUUUGAAAAUACAAGAUCCUAAUGAUCUUUCCAGCUCUAGGGGAAUUAUGUUCGAGUCACAUGUCCUUCACCUAUUCAAAGUUGGUGGCAUGAAAUUCGAAGCAAAAAGUUUACAAAAAAAUAAGGGUGAUCAGAUCUUUUACGACGAAUUGAAUUUAAUUAAUAACCCAAAAAUAAAGUACAUCCGACAAGUUAUCCAUCUCCAAAAUUGCGAUGAGGAUAGCAUUAUCAAGCCGACCAUAAAAAAUUUUGGUGCGGCUGAUCUAUUUGCUGCGCCAGACAGGAUCUUUCAAAUUACCGUGUCACAAAACCAUCCCAUUAAACAUAGCGAACUGGUCAAAAUAAUUCAAAAUAUGCCAGCGUUCAAAAAAAAUCCUAAUGCAAGAAUUUAUUUUUAUUUCAUUGUACCAGACGAUAUAUAUGAUACUUUCAGACACCAAAGAUAUAUAACACCAAAGAAAAAAAUUGGAAAAGAUCUCGAGGCCUUUAAAGAAAUUAAACGCAAAUCAGCCAUCCUCAAUAAUGUAGAACAAUGGGCAUUAAAAAUAAAAAUGACGCCUGAAAUGAAUGUAACUACUGUGAUUAACAACAUGGUAACGGCG